CCCCACAGGCUGACUGGAAAUCCAGCCGUGAAAGAGAAGGGCUGAUCCCGGACCCCCCGGUGUUCCCGCAGCUGCGCCCCUCCCUGUCCCCAUGGCGACAGGAGGCCAUGCCCCUGAGACAGAUGUGUUGAUCAACCUGCAUCAGGUUUUGUCAGAAGAAGAGACGGUCUCCACAGCAGGACAAGAAGAUGAGGAAUGGGAGGCAUUGUCUGUGGAGAGGUUUGGGGACAUCAUUACUGAGUCUGCCAUCAAUGGCGCAGACAAAAUGGGCCGCAGCUACAAUGAGAAAGACUUUGAGUAUCACCGGCAUACGUUCCACCACACCCACCACCCCCUGUCCACCCACCUCCCCCCGCAGCGUUUCCGAAAGAGGGUGCUCAGUAUGGACCGCCGGCGAAAGAAAAAGAGGAAGAAAAAGAAGACGUCCAUGCCCCCGUCAGAUGUCACGCCCACUAUUCAUGAGGUGGAUGAGGAGGAGGCGGAGUCUGAGACGGAGGGACAGUGCCAAGCAGUCACGCCUACUGAGCCAUCUGAAGAGCUGCCACAGCUCAGUUUGGGAAGUGAGGAGGAUCUGGCGGCCGAUCUCCCUCUCACCAGCUUCCAUAUGGAGAGCGAGAGACCCACGAGCAGUGAGGAGACCCCACCCAGCCCCGCCGGAACGGAGGAGCAGGAGGAAACACCAGAGCGCCCGGAUGGAGGAGAGGAGGAAGAGGUUUCUAACAGGUUUAGCCCAUCUCCAGAACCUGCCAGUAUGACAACACGAGGCUGGUUUCGCAGGAAGCCUGUCCACCGGCUGGCUGGAGCCCAACGGACCAGCUAUGACCUACGAGAACGCAUCUGUAUAGGCAGCAUGACAGCCAUAGAAACCGCGGUGUACCAGAAAGUACCUACAGACGAGGCCGAGGCUCAGAUGCUAGCCAGUGCUGACCUGGAUGACAUGAAAAGUCACCGUUUUGAGGACAAUCCUGGGGUUAGACGUCACCUCGUCAAGAAAUCAUCACGCUGUCAAGUACCACGAACCAGCAAUAGCUCACCUCUGUCCAGUCUGAAGAGGAGGAAGAGGAUGGACAAGAAAACUCAUGAGGUGUUUGUGGAGCUCAAUGAGCUGAUAGUGGAUAAGAACCAGGAGAUGCGCUGGAAAGAGACGGCACGUUGGAUCAAGUUUGAGGAAGACGUGGAGGCAGAGACGGAUCGCUGGGGUAAACCGCAUGUGGCCUCGCUGUCCUUCCGUAGCCUGCUGGAGCUCCGCAGGACCAUCACACAUGAAUUCAACUGGACACUUAACACGGUGUUUGUGGAGCUCAAUGAGCUGAUAGUGGAUAAGAACCAGGAGAUGCGCUGGAAAGAGACGGCACGUUGGAUCAAGUUUGAGGAAGACGUGGAGGCAGAGACGGAUCGCUGGGGUAAACCGCAUGUGGCCUCGCUGUCCUUCCGUAGCCUGCUGGAGCUCCGCAGGACCAUCACACAUGUUUUAUCAAAAUCCUUUCUCUUGUCCAGUCACCCCAAUGAUGAGAAAGAAGGCCUUUUCCAUCGGAACCACUCUGUCAACAGUCUGGGCGGCUUUCGUCACAACCACAAUCACGUUCACGACACCAGCCUGCCCCUGGUAUCCCAGGACCACGAGGAGAUGCACGACAGCAAAGCGGCAGAACAUGAUAAAGAGAAAAGCCUCCACCCUGUCCCAGCUGAGGGACACGCUGCCGCCAGAUCUAUGAAACUCCUGGCAAAGAUUCCCAAGGAUGCCGAGGCCACUGUGGUCUUAGUGGGGUGUGUGGAGUUCCUAGAGAAGCCCGCGAUGGCCUUUGUCCGGCUUAACGAAGCUGUGCUACUCGAGUCCGUUCUGGAAGUCCCCGUCCCGGUUCGGUUCAUCUUUGUGCUGCUGGGCCCCACGCAGACCAACAUGGACUAUCAUGAGAUUGGACGCUCCUUCUCCACCCUCAUGUCUGAUAAGAACUUCCAUGAAGUCGCGUACUUCGCUGAUGAUCGACAGGACCUGCUUAAUGGCAUCAACGAGUUCUUAGACUGCAGUAUUGUAAUUCCACCAUCAGACGUUGAGGGAAAAGACCUGCUGAAGACCGUGGCCUCCUUCCAGAAGCAGAUGCUUCGUAAGCGCAAGGAGAGGGAGCUUAAAAAAUGCGGCAGUACUGUGACGGGAGCUGAGCUGGAGACCAAAGAUGUGAGUACGGAUGAACAGGAUGAGGAGGAUCAGUUUGAUGUUGACCCUCUCAAGCGCUCUGGUAUUCCCUUUGGAGGUCUGAUCCACGAUAUCCGCCGCCGUUAUCCACGCUACAUAAGCGACCUGAAGGAUGCCAUGGACACACAAUGUUUUGCUGCUGUCAUUUUCAUUUACUUUGCUGCUCUUUCACCCACUAUCACCUUUGGAGGUUUAUUAGGCGAGAAGACACAAGGCAUGAUGGGAGUCUCUGAGCUCAUCAUCUCCACGGCGACCGCUCCUGUACUGCCUUCCUUCAAACCCAUAGACCCUCAAGGGCAUAGUGUGAUUGGGAAACCCAUCCUCAACCAGCCAAACACAGCCCUGCUGUCCUUAGUGCUCAUGAUAGGAACCUUCUUUGUGGCCUUCUUUCUGCGAAAAUUUCGUAACAGCAGAUUCCUUGGUGGAAAGGCCAGACGAAUUAUUGGUGAUUUUGGGAUUCCUAUCUCUAUACUCAUCUCUGUGCUGGUGGACUGCACCAUUCCUGAUACAUACACACAGAAGCUGAAUGUCCCCUCUGGUUUCUCGGUCACAUCUCCGGACAAACGGAGCUGGUUUGUCAGCCCGUUUGGAGAUAAACAGCCUUUCCCUGUUUGGAUGAUGGGUGCCUCAGUGAUCCCGGCCCUGCUGGUUUUUAUCCUCAUAUUCAUGGAGACUCAAAUCACCACCUUGAUAGUGAGCAAGAAGGAGCGGCGUUUGGUCAAGGGUUCUGGCUUUCAUCUCGACCUGCUUCUGAUAGUGACUUUGGGAGCUAUCUGCCCACUCUUUGGUCUGCCCUGGCUGACUGCCGCCACUGUGCGCUCGGUGACUCACGUGAAUGCACUGACAGUCAUGAGCAAAGCCACUGCCCCCGGAGAGAAGCCCAUGAUCCAAGAAGUUAAAGAGCAAAGGGUGACAGGGAUGUGUGUGGCUAUCCUAGUGGGGUUGUCUAUAGUGAUGACAGAUGUGCUACGACAUAUUCCUCUGGCUGUGCUGUUUGGAAUAUUUCUGUACAUGGGCAUCACGUCUCUUACUGGUAUCCAGCUUUAUGAGCGAAUCACACUCAUGGUCACACCCGCAAAACAUCACCCUGACCACAUCUAUGUUACCAAGGUGAAGACAUGGCGUAUGAAUAUGUUCACCAUCAUUCAGUUGUUGUGUAUCGCCCUGCUGUGGGUGGUGAAGUCGACUGUAGCCUCUCUGGCUUUUCCCUUCAUCCUAAUCAUGACCGUACCUCUGCGUAGACUCAUCCUGACCAGGAUCUUUGAGGAGAGAGAGCUUGCAGCGUUGGAUGCUGAUGAGGAUUCGCCCAAUUUUGAUGAAGAUGGACGGGAUGAAUACAAUGAGAUCCACAUGCUUGUCUAGAUGCAGGUCACAUGGCUCACCUCUUCACUGACCAAUCGAAUGCAGGUCUCUGGAUAAUGGGAAAGAUGUACGGAAUCGGAAGAACUCUGAUGCACUGCCCGCUUUCAGAAUUAUUUCAUGUGUACUUUGAAAUUUUGUAAACCUCCAUUAUAAAUAGAAUUACAGAUCAUGUUUUGGAUACUAUUAUUAUUUUUCUUUUUUUCUUUUUGUUUUUUUUUCCCUCCAAAAUGUGGCCUACAUGUUUGUCUGCUGCUGCCCAGUGACCUUUGAAUAUAAGAAUAGAUACAAACCGUGCACCCAAAGUGCAAUGAUGGUGAAACUAAUCCAAUAGGUUGGUUCUUACACCCCCUAUUCACCCCAUCCGAAUGCACUGCACCCAUCCGGACCAGACCUACUGCCUGUAGAUCUUAGUUGCCUUGUACUGUACUGUAGGUGUUGACCACAGGGUCUGAAUAUUACAGUAGCACGACCCCUCAGUGCCCUUAGAGUGGUCAGUCAUUUUGCUGUGCAGUUCCGUUGCUUGAAAACAGUAGUGCAGUCCCUUUAGACAUACUUUAUGCAGUAGUGCUAUUACUUUGAUCAAUAUAUUACAAUAAUAAUUAAAAAACAUUGUUUAGCUCUCCAUUUCCCUUCAAAACAGAUUUCCUUCUAAAAGUGCAUUUUAUUUUAUUUUAUUAUUU